AUAUCAAUGACCGGAACUGCCAUGAAUAGCGCGUGGCCUCAUUCUAGGAGGGGCAGAGGACACAGGCAUAAGGAGCAGGGUCGACUGAACAGGGACAGGGCAGCUGAGCAGAAAGCCGAAGACUCAGUGCCCCAUGGCAUCUGUAUGACAAUGUGCCCUGCCUACGAGUUACGCCAGCGAGAGGCACAGAAUAGACUGCACCGAUUUGAGAUGGUGGCCGACACAGAGCGUGAUCGCAUACCGCGUGCUGAUGUCUCGCGUGCUGUCAAAGAAUACUCGCGGCCUGCUGCAGGAAAAGACUCCACGCGAUCCAGUGACCUUCGGCCACCAUCCGUGCUUUUAAAAACUGUGUGUUAUCUAGUCGAUGCUGUUGCAGCUUCCUCUAUAUUUCAGCCAUGGACUGAGGUCUACAGCUUUGUGUUUGACCGUCUGCGUAGCGUUCGACAGGACAUGAUUAUCCAGCGUGUGUCUGGGCCGGAAUGUGUAGCCGUGCUGGAGAAAAGUGUGCGUUUCCUCCUCUAUGCCUCCUACAGGCUCUGUGGACAGCCACUUCAGCACUACGACCCACGUAUCAAUGACACUCACUUGCAGGAAAGCUUGAGCUGGCUGCUGGAGUGCUACAAAGAGGGAAAGCACCAGCAUCAAGAGGAGUUCCAGGCCCUGAAUCUGCUGUAUAACCUGGGUUCAUUUCAUGCAACGCAACAUGCACUUGAGCUGCCAGAGCGAAUACGUAGCUCUCCGGCUGUUCAGCUGGCUUUGGCAGUGAGCAGGGCAUAUACGGAGCGCAACUCAGUUCGGCUCCUCCGUCUAUCUCAGAAACUGGACUUCAUGCAGGUCUGUGCCCUUCACAGACACCUACUUACCAGCAGGAGAGACCUGCUCCUGGUCUUCAGCCAUGGAUACAGCAGCCGAAACUGCCGCUACCCUCUUCAGAGACUGGCACGCCUACUUUUUCUUAAAGAUACACUGGCUGCUGAACUUUGCCAGGUGCAUGGUGUUAACGUCAGUGGGGAGUGGGUGAACUUCUCUAAGAGCUCUUUUACUGAAGCUCCGUCUGGGGAUCCGCAGUGCAGGCAGAUGCAUGAGCCAGUGGAUGACGAGCACUGGAACUGUUCAGCUGGCAGCGGCAUUCAUGACUGUGCCUGAAACCUUCAGUUUUAAAAGGGAUUGUUUAGCAUAAAUACAGUAAUUUAAACAGCUUGUGUUCUUUAUUUGCAGCAUUUGUAUUAAUUUACUAAUUAAUAUUUCAGAGCCAUUUCACAGUUUUGUAGUGGUCAAGAGACUUGUGAAGUUACAAUAAAGUUUUUGUGUUUUUAUGUAUAUAUCCUUUUUUUGUGUAUUGCAAAAGGACAUAUGUAAUGUCUUUGAACAUACUGUACAUUAAUUUGAUGUGAACAUUUAAAAAUGACCCCAGUGUAAGCAAAAGACCACCUAAAACAAUUAACCCUAUAAAGCUGUGUGAAUCAUAUUUGAUACAUGAUUUUAUAAAGCCUAUACAUCACCAACAUCAAUUCUUUGCUGAAAACCCUAUUGUAUGCAAUGCACUAGAUGUCUACUGCCCACUCGUGAAAGUUUCUGUGCUCUUCUGGAGGUAAAAGUAAUAUAAUUUCUUAAAAGCCUGCCUUCAUACUUUGAUGUCUUCUUGUUGUGAAAACUUUGCUGAUUUUAAUAAAAUAUAAGUAACAAUAAUGUUUACAUUGUUAAUGAUAUUACAAAAUGAGUUUUUGCUGAAUUGAAGCAACUUGUGCUUGGUUAAAAUUGUAUACAUUUACUGAAAAAUUACGUUAAAAUGUGUGUAUCAAAUAUGAUACAUGCUUUUGAAGUAUGUCUCUCAAUUAUCAUUAAAUUGCAUUCAUGCCAACCACAAUAAAAAACAAAGAGCUUUGAAAGUGCUGACAGUUUUUAUAUCUUAUACUGUAUAUUUAAAGUGGGAACUGAUAUAUAUAUAUAUAUACACAGGUGCAUCUCAAUAAAUUAGAAUGUCGUGGAAAAGUUCAUUUAUUUCAGUAAUUCAACUCAAAUUGUGAAACUCGUGUAUUAAAUAAAUUCAAUGCAC